AGCUUGAACAUAUUUUCUUGUAGACAAAGCCACACAAUCGGGUCAAUGGGUUUUACUAGGGCUUAUUAAUCAAGAAAACUGAAAACUCCUUCUCUAGCUCCUUCAGACUGCAAUCGGAUCUUUUUGAGUUUAAUUUCGGUUUCUAGCUCAGAUAACUGAAUCGGAGAAGUAGCAAUGAACAACAUCGUGAAAUCUAGUAAUCUCAGCAAGAUACGGCACCUCCUCCAAUCUGUUCCGCCGUCAUGGGCCGCCCGAGCCAUCUCUACCGCUUCUUCUUCCAUUCUUGGGCAGUCUUCCGUUCUCGCCAAUCGUCUCUCGGCGCCGCGUAAUCCCUCCCCCUUCAGCUACACCGCUGUCCGCCAAUUCCGUAAUGCUCGCGAUCCUAGCUCCAGGUAUGAGAUUCCGCCACCUAUGAACUGGGGGGUUCGGAUUGUGCCCGAGAAGAAGGCUUUCGUCAUUGAGCGAUUCGGGAGGUAUGUGAAGACAUUGACUCCUGGAAUCCACGUGUUGAUUCCGUUAGUAGACAAAAUUGCGUAUGUUCAUUCCCUCAAGGAAGAGGCCAUUCCCAUUCCGGAUCAGUCGGCUAUUACCAAGGACAAUGUCAGCAUUCUUAUUGACGGUGUUCUCUAUGUGAAGAUAGUUGAUCCUAAACUGGCUUCAUAUGGAGUUGAGAAUCCGUUGUAUGCUGUGAUUCAACUUGCUCAAACAACUAUGCGUAGUGAGCUUGGUAAGAUCACUCUGGACAAGACUUUUGAGGAGAGGGAUACUCUAAAUGAAAAGAUAGUGAUGGCUAUCAAUGAUGCUGCAAAAGAUUGGGGCUUGAAGUGUCUCCGUUAUGAAAUAAGGGAUAUAUCACCUCCUCGUGGGGUUAGGGCAGCUAUGGAGAUGCAAGCAGAAGCUGAACGUAAGAAAAGGGCUCAAGUUCUGGAAUCAGAAGGAGAAAGGCAAGCAAAUAUUAACAUUGCUGAUGGAAGGAAAAAUGCCGUGAUCCUUGAAUCAGAAGCAGCAAAAAUGGACCAGAUUAACAGAGCUCAAGGUGAAGCUGAGGCCAUUCUUGCCAAAGCACAAGCUACAGCAAAAGGAAUUGUUAUGGUUUCUCAAUCUCUCAAGGAACACGAGGGUUCUGAGGCAGCAAAUCUUAGAAUUGCUGAGCAGUACAUUCAAGCCUUCGGCAACAUCGCAAAGGAGGGCACAACACUAUUGCUUCCAACGAGUGCUUCUGAUCCUGCCAGUAUGAUUGCUCAAGCUCUGAAUAUCUACAAAGGCUUAGCAACCAAGAAUUCUAGCAGUGGAUCUACCAAGGUCUCAGCCAAACAGAAUGUUUCAACUGGAUCCCUCGACGACCAGAACUCCACUACUCCUAUAUCCAACGAUGAAGAUCAAGCAAGUGACCCUGUUUUCUCACUACAAACCCCCAAGCACAAAGAUUAAGUGUGUACCAACUACCAAACCAAACUCAUCACAGCACAGAACCUCCUUCCCUGGUUUAUUAUUUUGGCCAAAUUUCUAGCCUUAGUAUUCUUGUUAAGGUGAAUGUGGAUCAAAGAUUGGCGAUAGAAUGAGUGUUCUUUUUGUAGUCAUAAAACAAGAAAGCGUUUUGGCCCAUCGUCACAUCAUACAUCUCGCAGAAACAUACUGGCCUUUUGCAAUUACCCAAACCCCUUUCAGAGUUUCAAAUUCACUUAAUUGUAGUUGUCAUCCAAAUAAUGUUUUCCUUCGAAUUGAAAGAAUAGUACUCUUUAAUUGAUCA